GGAGCCCUAGGUGUGACACGCCUCCGCUGUACUGGUCAGUGUGUGGCCUCUCUCACUCGCAGGCAGAAAUGCGGUGGGACUUGCGGUAGUGAGAUGGCCGCGGAGCCGGGCCUGUUGCUAGGGGCAGUAUUAUGUAUCCUGCCGCUCUUGCCGUUCGGGACCGGGGCGCUACUAACAGGUCUAACUUACCCGGAGCCGCCUUUCAACGUAACAGUCGAUAUGCUCCCCGACAGAUAUUCUGUAAUGUGGGACUGGAAUAGUGUCAAUUGGGGGGACACUAAGAAUGUGACAUUUUCUGUGUUGCUCCGCAAACUAAAAAAGAAAACCCAGUGGAACAGUGUCCCCGGAUGCCUUCACAUUCCUCAUCGCAACUGUAGCAUUGACCCAGCGCUUGUAGAUAUUGAUAAGCGUUACCAAGUGCGAGUCCGAGCUGAAAUAGCACAAAUAAAUUUUUCGUUUUCAGAUACGAUUACAUUUACUCCAAAGGCACCAGGAGAAAUCGCUCUUCCCAUCGCUGUUUAUGUGGAAAGCAUUGAUGGGGGUGUCAAAAUAAAAAUUACCCUCCCUAACACACGAGAAUAUUGGGACAAUGCUUUGUUCGACUAUAUAUUGUUGCUCAGGACAAACAGCUCUAUAGAGGAGAGAAGGUCGUUGUAUCCGAAUUUUUAUCUUUAUGACCUCAAUCCUGGCGAAAACUACUGUUUCAAAGUAAAAGUGUCUAGCUACUUAACAAAGACGAAUGACACAUUUAGUCCCGAGAAGUGUUUCAAAGUGGAGGCAGUAGGACUGGAUGGCCGGCCGUAUCCAGAGAACGUAACGAUGGAAGCUCUGAACACAAACUACAUGUUAAAAUGGGACUGGGAUUAUUCACAGCAUCCAAAUGUGACAUUCUCCGUAGAAAAUAAUUCAGAAAUAUGGCCAGGCAAAUGGAAUCAAGUGCAAGGAUGUGAAAAUAUUAGCAGGCGCAACUGUGAUGUUUCCGGAAUAUACAUUUAUGGAAAGUAUAAUUUCCGUGUAGCCGCAUCGCUUGAUAACAACAACAGAACGCUCUCCAGGGCCCUGCGGUUUAAUCCAGAAAAGGAUACCGUGAUUGGGCCCCCUUCAAACGUGAGCACAGAGUUAUAUGGCACAAAGCUGCACGUCAAUGUGUUGAAAGUGGAAGCUUUUCACAACGAUGAUUUAAAGAAUUACUGUGACUGGGAAUACAAUCUGAUAUACUGGAAGGACAGCGCGUCUGACAGAGAGGAGAAAACACUAAAUGAGAAAGUGGGAAGAUUUACAAUAGAAGUAGAAGCCUCAACCACAUACUGCCUGACAGUCAGAGUUGUCUGUCAAACCCAUAACAGAAGCGGGCUUUUUAGUGAGACGCAGUGCAUCACCACAGGCGCCGAUGCUCUGCCAGUUUGGAGUGCGGGGAUUGUUAUCGGUGUCCUCUUAAGUGUAGUUCUUACAGCAGUGCUGGUUUAUCUCUGUGCUUGUCCUUUGAAACGAUACGUCAAGCACAUAUUCUACCCCACCGGGAAACUUCCAUCAAGCAUCGAAAGCGGUAUGUUUGAUUCACGUGUGAAAAUUCCAUUUGUAUUACAAGAAGAAGAGCCAACAGACCUGUGCUAUAUAAUUAGGAACAGUGAGCAUGAUGAAGACAGUGUGCAGAAUCGUAAAUAUUCAUUGAAAGAAAGCAACACAGACUCUGGUAAUUACUCAAAUGAAGAUGAAACCACUGGGGACAAUGGCCUCUCCAUACAGAGAAUGUAGCCUUCUCAAAUGGACUCCCAACUCCAACAUUUUUGGUAUGGCUAUGGGCAACAUUACCGAUGAUGUUUGUCUCCAGUGUUAAUAAAAACACCCUAUAAUGUGACAGCCCACAGUCAUACCCUGCGAUGCACGGAACACAGGCUGGAACAAUACACAACAUUUCACUUACCAUUUAUUAACUCAGCAUGGCAUUAAAUAGUAAGAAAGUUAAAUAUGAUGAAUGAUUUGUAGACAUAACCAUGAACAAUAUAGAUAUGAAGAGAAAACAAAACUUGGGGCUUCUGCUGAUGUUAAAUUUCGGCUGCCCCGUCACUGGCAGGUUCAAGCUGGUGGGACUGCUGGAGAUUGAGCUGAAUCUAUAAAGCACUGCUGUACAUAAGGCAUGGGGAACUUCAACUGACACAGUUAGGAACUGUGGGAGUUGGGGUCACAGGGGGAAAGAGGAGUUGGGGUCACAGGUUAGCUGCCAAGCUUGGGUAACCAGCUACUACCCCCCUUGUAUCCUCCUGGUGGCACUGCAUAUGUAUCAAAGGACAAAGCACAUAUUGUUGGGUAGAAAGCUAUUGGAUUCCCAUGGAACACAAGAAGUAUUCUUGCUUUGUCCUUUGAUAAGUAUGCAGUGUGUGUGUGUAUAUAUAUAUAUAUAUAUUAUUAUAUAUAAGCUGCACCUUAUUGUUAUUAUGAUGCACUCUUUAUAAGAGUUAGUUUAAUACAUUAUCGAGGUAUUAAUAUUUGUGUUUGUGUUACCCUUAGCAAAUAGGCUGGGGAAGUGGUAACAAACUUAGAUUGUUACUUGUAACCAAAGAGCUAAUUUUAUCAGUAAAUAUAUUACAGCUAGUAAUUAUUAAUUCUGGGUAAUCCGUAAUCAGGACCUAUGACUGCUGGGGAGACACAGUGGGGAACUGACUGAUAAAAGAUAUUCAUGAAAAAAGAUAUUCCUAUAGUAUGGGGCAAAAUGAAUUUGGCACUUAUGUAAAGUAUUUGUUUGGUUAUAUUCCCUGCACUACUGGGUUCUGACUCUGAAUUAGGGAACAGAAACUCCACCAUUGCCCAAUGCACUUGUGCUUGUGCUACGGUUUAUUCUGGAAGGUUGGUUCAUUGACAAAUGAAUAGAACGGAAGUAUGAAAUGAAUUAAAGGUGCAGUUUUUCUUUUCUGCCUGAUCAGGCAGUGGUUUAAAUGAGAUACUGGAAUAUGAAUAGUAGAGAAACUGAAUAGAAAGAUAAGUAAUAAAGAGUAACAAUAAUAAUUAAAUUGUAGAUGUUGAAGGAAAAUAAUUCGAAAACUUUAAAAAAAAACAAAGAAGAUCAAUUGGUGGAAAGUUGCUAGGAAUAGGGUAUUCUAUAACAUUCUAAAACGUAAAGGUGAACCACCUCUUUAACUGCCCUAUAGAUUCUUAUGAAAUAACUGUGGUGCUUAACACGUGUAUUAUACAUUUCCACGUCUAUUUAUCGAUGGGGGGGGGGGGGGGAAGAUAUUUGCCACGAGUCGCUGGUGUAUAAUGUGACCACAUUCAGUAAGUAUUCAGAACUAAAAUGUAUCAUGUUUCCUGUUUGUACAUAUGUUUUUAUUGAAACUGAAUCUAAUUAAAGUGCUGUUUUACUUUCUUUUGUAAAA